AAAAUCGUCAGAUAUUCUUCGAGCUUCCAGAAGAAUUAGGGUUAUGGGGAUCCUUGAGUAGGUUACCGAAUGACCGUGUGUCGACUUGGGCCAGAAACGAUGACCUCACCUACCAGUAGAUAACGCGUGGUCAUGUGCAGAACUCUCGUAUUUUGGACUGUUUGGCUAGACCACCAAAUUUGGAAAAUACCUAUUUUCUUUCUCUUCUUGACGCGUCUCGAAGUCGAAAACCGUGACAAUGUCCAAGGCUCUGAAGGCAAAAGAUCAGCUGGUGCGCAUUCUGGUUCCUGCUGGCAAGGCUGCACCUACACCACCCGUUGGUCCAGCGCUUGGUGCGCGUGGUGUAAAAUCUAUGGAUUUCUGCAAGGAGUUCAAUGCGCGAACUGCGCACAUUGAACCUGGAGUUCCAACUCCUACUUUAAUCACCGUCGAGCCUGACCGCACUUUCUCGUUUAUCACCAAAACACCUCCAACGACCUACCUCUUGAAAAAAACUGCGGGAAUAGAAAAGGGUAGCGGUCGACCUGGCCACGAAUUCACCGGAACAAUUAGCCUCAAACACGUGUAUGAAGUCGCAAAAAUUAAAGCCAAGGAUGCGCAUCUCAAGCAUUUGAAGCUCGAGUCGAUAACCAGCACUGUUAUUGGCACAGCGAGAAGUUUGGGUUUACAGGUUGUGCCGUGACCGCCGGUCACAGAUAUUCGCAGGAAAGGUACGCAAAUGGUAGUAUCGUAUUGUUCUCCCGAUGGGCUUACGAUCGAGAUUUGACUCGUGCGUGCCGCACCUUAUCAAUCUAAAUGAAGUCAUGCGAUCUCUCAUCGAGACCUUAGAACACGGGGUCGCCACUGCAUCCCCCAGUCGAUUUUUGUAAGAUAGGCUCUAAUUGGAUGCAUACCAAAGUCAAAGCACUGUUUGUGCACUAAUCUACAUCGUGUAAUGAAGAGAUGGAAUAGGAAGCGCCUGAUGCAACGAGGAGCAAGUGGACAAGGUUGAGUUCAUUCACCUUAAAUUACGCUUCUCUUCAUUUGAGCAAGGACUCCGGUCUUCGUAUACCGAGGUUGCCUUCUAGCGAGCGCUCCAUUAACUCCAGGCCAGGUUG